GUACGAGCUGCCGAAACGCGAGCAUGUCCGCGAGCAGCCCACGGGUCUCUCUUCACACGGAAAUCGGCGGCGACAGCAGUGGCAAGUGAAAUCAUCGCGCGAGAAGAUGGUGGUGACGGUGGCUUCCGUGCGUCAACAACUCAGUAAUCUGGCGCAUUCCGGCGGCUCUCACAAAGACCAGGCCGAGAAAUAUCGCUCUACCCUGGACAUGAUACUGUUGUCCUCCGGCGAGGAGCUGGUCGAUGCCCUGAAGACGUUCAUCGAAGCAAUUGUGAACGAGAACGUGAGUUUGGUAAUCUCGAGACAAGUACUGACCGACGUCAGUAGCCGUUUGCUGUUCUUGCCUGACGAGAUAUCAAAAGCUGUCUCGCAUUAUACACUGGACAAGGUUCAACCACGUGUGAUCUCGUUUGAAGAACAAGUAGCUAGCAUAAGGCAACAUUUAGCUGAUAUCUACGAACGUAAUCAGAACUGGCGAGAAGCUGCGAAUGUUUUAGUCGGUAUACCACUGGAAACAGGACAAAAGCAGUAUACUAUUGAUUACAAGCUCGAGACUUAUCUAAAAAUUGCUAGAUUAUAUUUGGAGGAUGACGACCCAGUACAGGCUGAAGCUUUUAUCAAUCGGGCAUCACUUUUACAGGCCGAAUCUAAAAACGAACAGUUACAAAUCUAUUACAAAGUGUGUUAUGCAAGAGUACUAGAUUAUAGAAGAAAGUUUAUAGAAGCAGCUCAGAGGUACAAUGAGUUAUCGUAUAGGACCAUCAUUCACGAAGAUGAACGUAUGACUGCUCUUAGAAAUGCAUUAAUUUGCACAGUAUUGGCUUCCGCAGGACAGCAGAGAAGUCGGAUGUUGGCGACGCUGUUCAAAGACGAACGCUGCCAGCAACUCCCCGCUUACUCAAUUCUUGAGAAAAUGUAUCUGGACCGUAUCAUUCGGCGCUCUGAAUUGCAGGAGUUUGAAGCAUUGUUGCAACCUCACCAGAAAGCGUGCACCAUCGACGGAUUAGGCUCCACUAUACUCGACCGUGCCGUUAUCGAGCAUAAUUUAUUGUCCGCUAGUAAAUUGUACAACAACAUCUCGUUCGAAGAAUUAGGCGCAUUAUUGGAUAUUCCACCUACUAAAGCGGAAAAAAUUGCUAGCCAAAUGAUCACAGAGGGCAGAAUGAACGGAUAUAUAGAUCAAAUUGAUUCUAUAGUACAUUUUGAAACACGUGAGACCUUGCCUACAUGGGACAAACAAAUACAAUCGCUGUGUUAUCAGGUGAAUCAAAUAAUCGAGAAGAUAGCUCAAACAGAGCCAGAAUGGAUGGCAAAAGCGGUGGACGAUCAGAUGGUGCAUUAAUAUAGAUUUUGUUUAACGCGGAGAAAUGUCAUACGAGGAAUACGGGAAUCAUUUACAAUAUACACGAUACACAACCAGCCAAAAUAGUGAAUAUUUAUAUAGCUCAUCGUUGAGACACAAGUAUCGCCCGACGCACGUAAUUUGAUCAUUUUCUACAGAAAAUCCUUCGUUCCAGUAAUAUAUCCGCAUUGUUUUUUAGAAUUGACAGUAGUCGGUAAUGUAAAUUUAAAAUACGUUAAGUGUAUAUUGCAUCCUCAAUGCUCUGUAAUAUAUCGAUUUCAUCAUUUCGUAUCGCUUACUAAAAAAAUGUAACUAAAAAAAAUAUCAAUAAUAAUUCAAUCACCUGCAACACACAAAGGAAUUCAAGCGAACCUCUAAAAUGAUUGUUUAUUUGCAGUCGAUUUAGAUAAAAUCAUCGUAGACAAUGGAAAGAAACAAUGUAAGUUCUUGUAAAUAAAUCACAUUCUUACUUCG